UAGAAAGAGAUUUUCUGAAGAAAAAUUCCCAAAUCAUGGCGACGAGUUUCAGAGUUCAGAUUACGACCUCAUUAUCCAUCCUCAUCUGUUCAUUCUUGUGUUUAGCUUCGAUUUCAGUUGCUUACAGACCUGGAGACACAGUUCCCAUGAGCAAAAUGGGUCAAUAUCAUUCCCAAAGAACUGUUUGGCAUGAUAUGAUUGGUCGUCAAUGUCCUAUAUUCGGCGUAAAUCGUGAGGUUUUGGUACCUUUAGCUAAACCAACUGGGUAUACUGGAGCUGAUCCUUACAAAAUGAUGGCGGCCACUCUGCAUAAGAAACUAAAGAGGAGGGAACUGGAUAAGCUUGAUAUAGUGAAAAUAUGCCAAGAGAUUAUGAAUCCUUCUGUUCCUAUGGCUUUGAGAUUGUCAGAAAUUUUAAUGGGUGGGGUUGUGAUAGUGUAUGAGAUGAAAGUGAAGCUUCUGCUUGAUGAUGCGUCUCGAUUACUGUUGGAGAUCAAUGACAUGUGGAAGUUAAAAGCAGUUGGAGAUCAAGAUGUACUUCCUAAGGGGAAGAAUCAAGCCAAGUUUGAUGAAGUAACAAUGGCUGAGAACGAUCCAAUGGAUGAUACAGCUGAGAUCGAACAAUCACGUGAUAACAACAACUAUAAGUACAAGCACAAUAAGGCUGCUUAUUUCCCUGUGGAACUGGACUUGAUGGAGGAGUGUUUUACUAGUGAGGGGAAACACCCAGAGGAUAAAAACCACCACCAAGCUAAUAGAGAAAAAAUUACAUUGCUUGAACCUGUCGAAAUCACUCCACCAGAGCAACAUCAAUUCAAUCGCUUUGAGAGGUUUGAUGUUGACGGGGAUGACGAAGACGUGUAUACAAAUUUCAGUUUUCAUGAGAUACCCAUUACACUUGCUCCUACACCACCACCAAAAAUUCAAGGCCCUAUGGAAGUUGAUGACAUGAACCAGCUGGAGGUACAAGAGGACGAGGUUAAGCCAAAAGGGAAUAUGGGAAGAAACAGAAACAAACAGCUUGCUAUAGAUUCCAAUCUUGUCAUUAGCAAUGACGAAAUGGAGAGCUGGCUUAAAGACACCUCCGACCUUGUACAAAGACGGAAGCGAGCAACAUCUAUCCCUAGAAUGAACACAGCACAGCUCAUGGACAUCCCUCCCGUGGCUCUUGUAAUGGGGUUGGCAGGAAAGCAUACCACGGAGAUCUAUUAUCCGAAACCUCUGCUUGAUCUGUAUACUAGAAGAAUCCAGAUUCGCAAUUCCCCUUCUGGUCAAUUUUCAGGAAGUACUUUAGAGCCCCAACUAACGGAACCAAUCACACCAAUUGUGAACAAGAGAGUUGAUAGAAAUCCAGCAGAUCUGCCUGUUGAAGAUGUGCAUACCGGUGUAAGGACUCGUUCCAUGCGAGCAUCUGCUGAAAAGCAAAUGCCAAAACAUACUGUUCCCAUUGAAGAUCUGUACUCCGGUGUUAGGACUCGUUCCAUGCGAGCAUCUGCAGAAAAGCAAAUGCCAAGACAUUCUGUUCUCAUUGAUGAUGUGCACACUGGUGUUAGGACUCGUUCCAUGCAAGCAUCUUCUGAGAAGGAGGUUGAAGCUUCUCGUUCCAAGCAACCAUCCAUUGAGAAGCCAAUGAAAAUGUCAAUAUCAAUAUCUCUCGAGGCCAACAUGAUUUUCACUCCUGGACAUUCUGGGGACAGUGAGAGAUCCACUCCAAGCUCUGAACUCGGAAAUGUCUUCCUGCUAGUGGAACCAGAAGUCCAGUUAUCUUCAGGAAGCAGAAAAAGGCAUUCGUCAAGGCACAGAGGAGGAAACCUUGCUCCAGUAGACGAGGAUCUAAUAUGGGAUUCACCUGAACCUGAUUUCAAGUUCAGAAGAAUCUCAGAAAAUGAGGUCUUAUGUGAGAGCGAAACGCUUGUUGGAACCGGCGCAACUGCAACCCAAGAUCCACCUGCGAACCACGAGCAACCAAUGAGCAAGACCACUGAUGCAAUCCUAAAAGCGGGGAACCGAGGUAUGAGACCAGAACCCAGUGAACUUGAGUACUUGACCACAACAGCUAGCAUCAAGAUCUUUUACCCAUAAAUGAGCAAAUUUGCAUUGUGCAAACUAUAGUUCCAACGGUCGGUUCCCGGAGGCUCACUGUGUUUCAGAAAAAAUGAUAUUUUUACUUUUUCA